AUGGUGGCGGGCAUGGUGGCGUCCUGCGGGCUCCUGGCGCUUCUCCUCUUCGGCGGGAUGGUCACCGGCGCCGCGGGGACAAGUCCAGACAUCAAGGCUCAGGUAGCCACAGUUGCUGGCAAGCUGCUCCUCACCUGCAACAUGAGUGGGCCCUACUCUGGCAUCGAGGGCCACGAGUGGGUGCAUGGGAACAAGGUCCUGCAGACCGACACCGAUUCAGGCACUUCCACCAGCUACACGAUUGAGGGGAAGAUGGAGGAGCACUCUGGUGUCUAUGAGUGUGUCUACAAAGCAAACCCAGUGGUGAAAGGACAAGUGAAUGUUUCAGUUCCACCACAAGUGACAGCAUACAAGAAAUCUGAGCAUGGGAAUGAGGGGGACACUGGUGUGCUGACCUGCAAGAGUGCCUCUUUCCCCCCAGUUGUCACUUGGGUCUGGAGUAAAAAUGGUCAAGAGCCCAUCCUCAACGGCUCUGGCAGGUACAUCAUCAAGAGCAGUGGCAACAAGACAGAGCUGCGCAUCCUGAAGCUGAACAUCGAGGAGGACACGGGAGACUACCACUGCAACGGCACCAACGCCUACGGCACCAGCGGCGCCGUCGUCAACCUGCGCGUCCGCAGCCGCCUGGCGGCGCUCUGGCCCUUCCUGGGCAUCGUGGCUGAGGUGCUGGUCCUCGUCACCAUCAUCUUCAUCUACGAGAAGAGGAGGAAGCCAGAUGAGGUGCUCGAUGAUGAUGAUGGAGGUUCUGCACCACUGAAGAGCAAUGCCACCAACCACAAGGACAAGAACGUCCGCCAGCGGAACGCAAACUAACAGCAGGGCCCAGGUGACUUGGAGAUGAAGAACUGAUCUGGACAAUUUUAUUUCUUUCUAAUUUGUUUUGGGUUUUGGUUUUUUUUUUUUUUGUUUGGGUUUUGUUUUUUGUUUUUUUUUGUUUUUUUUGGUAAAAUAGCAUCAGGAGUACUUUUUAGUGUGUCCUUGCAAUUCAGUUACUUCACUUUCUAAAGGAACUUUUUAAGUUGUAGAAUCUGAAACACACUUUUUUUUUUUUUUAAUAAAAAGAAAACAGAGUUGUGGGAGGGUUGGUUUUGGUUGGUUGGUUGGUUUUUUUGUUUGUUUUUUUUUUUUCUUCUACCUGUAAAUGUAAACCCCUGAUCCUGGUAGUGUAGGCCACUGGCUGUCUCUGUCCUAGGUUUCUCUGUUGGUGCAGAGGGAGGAGGAAAUCUUCUCUCCUAGCUCUGGGGAGAUCAGAAUGUGCUGGGCAGGGCUGUCCUGAUGUGCCCUCCUUUUGCCCUGCCCCACUGCCCAGCUUUGGGACCUGCCUGGCCUUGUCCCUGUACCUCUGCUCCUGCCUGCUGGGUGGGGUGGAGAUGCUCUGGUGCCCCUCUGGAGGUGAUCUGACUUGACCCAGAAGGGCUUAGGAGGUGGUUGUGUAUCUUCUACCUGAGCAAGGCUGCACCUUUCCUAGGGUGGGAGUGGCACAUGUCCUGGAAGGGCCACCAGGGCUGUGCCACUCCACCUGCCCUGGUGCCAUCAGCUCCUCCCAGAGCUCUCCUCAGUGAGACACACAGCCAGGAGCAGGGCACAGCUGCUGUGAACUUCUUUUGUGGCUCUGUCAAGGUUUCAGCUGGAGCUGCUGCUUGGGGGCAGGGUGAAGAAGAGGGGCUUGGGGUGUG